GAGAUAUCGGGAUUGAUGGAUUCAAUGGUGUUGUAUUUCAGCAAAUUGUAAAUAGGAAAGAGCAUUGGAACGGUAAAGGUAUAGGUCAACCGGUGAAUAUGAGAAGAUUAUCAUUGAAAAAGCAAUUUGAGAUUGCACGAGUUGUUGGGUUAGAAGAUCCGUUCGAUAAUGUAUAUGAAAUUUCAAUGGAGGAUAUACCUAGUAAGAAGUGUGUGGUGAAGGAAAAAACUAGAAGAAAGGAAAAAGAAUAUAUAUCUGAUAUCCGAAGUGUGAAUAGAAAUAUUGUUAAUAACGAG